AUGACUAUCCAACCGAUCAUUAUUCAAAACAAUGUCACCGUUACCUAUCUCCAGCGACGUGACUUUGAGAGAGCGAUCGCAUCAUCAGCAUUAGCGCUGAGGUACCAUGCCGAUUUCCAGACAGUUCAACAUGGCUUGUUCUUAUCAGCGUCAUCAUCAUCGGGGUCAUCAUGUGCCCCCGAUUGCUUGGACCAAUCCAUGCUUCUAUCAAAACAAUAUGGCAACAGCGUGAAUGAUUCGUCAUCUACUUGCACGACACCUCCGUUAUUCGUCUACAGCCAUGGUAUUAUACUUCCACCCAACACUCUUGCAACUGACAACAACUCCAUGACCAUGGUCUCCGCCAUACUAACCUUCAACUCGGCCCUUGCAUACCAGCUUUAUGCACUGCAACAUUGCAAAUGCAAGUCAUCUCAUACUUUUCUACUACUCCAAUCGAAACGACUUUAUGAGCUGGCCUUUGGUGUCCACAGUGGUGCCCAUCACAAUUUGUUGUUUGAGUUUGCAGUGGUCAACAACAUUGCCGUGAUUGAUCGAUGCAUCGGAAACGAAGCAAUGUCGACCCAAACGUUUGAGAAUUUGAUGUCAGUUUUGAUGCUGAUGGUAGACCAGGGGUGCGAUUCCCGAUUGCGUCAAUUGCAGGGCUUUCUUCGGAACGUCGUUCCGCCGUAUAAUCUGAUGAAGAUAGCUGCCGCAGCAUGA